GUUUGUUCACAUUAAAAAAUGUACCACAAAGUAGAUUUGAUCAAUCGCACUGCAAUAACGGAGGAAUUAGCUACAGAUGAAGGAGAAAGUUGGAACUUCAGUGAAAAGUCUUCAAUACAGGCUCAACUUUGCCAAAGAUUAUAAGAAGCUGACUCAAGCUCUGCAUCAUGAGCAACAGGUCACAUCUUGCUUUGGAAUGUAGUGAAGAGGAAGUGUUUGUCAGUGAAAAUCCAGUUACUAGCAGAAGAUUUGAAUUCUUGACUUCUGAAUGUAAAAUGAUCGACAAAGCAGGUUCAAUAAGACCACAUCAUUCAGCCAACUCUCAAGAUUUUACUGCAGAUCUACUGCUAGAUCUUUCAAAUAAGGUUUUGCCACAGAGAUUUGAAAACACUCCAGAUACCAGAAGACUUAAAGCAAAAGCAUUACCUUCAAGAACGUGUCACACACAAGAGCAGGUGAUUGCAUUGAAAUGUCCAGCGUCCAUACUGAGGAAGAGAUCCAAUAGGACAAGAAAUGACGAUGCUUAUGUUUCUCGCAGAAUGAGAACUGAAAGAAGAGUUCGGUUUCGAGAAUUGGAUGAGAUAAUUUUUCACACUAACAGAUGUAAUUCCCAAUUGCCAGCAAUGUUACGCAAGUUAUUGAUGAUCAUUUUGCUGAGUCUGGUGAUCAUAUUGCUCUAUUGUAGUGAGAAUGCAUCAAACUUCUAUCAGCAACUUCAGUCAAAACUCAACAGCUAUUAUCUGGAAAUGAAGCAUAUCACUUUCAGCUGGCUGACCUGGAGUAGGAAAAAUUAAGAUACCACAAAUGUCAAUAGGAGGCAGAGCAACCUCGUCUGGAAGGAUCUUCAACAGCAAAUAUAAAAAUGUCUGCUGUAAGCAACUUUCAACAAACAUUGACAGUGAUUUUAAGGAUGAAAAAAGAGGAAAUAGCAAUAAGCAUAAUACCCGAAGGAAAAAUAAAUGAACUUUAAAUGUACCACUUUAAAUUGCUUGUAUUCCAAACAUUGUAAUUCAUUAAAAUGUCAAAAAAUGUCAA